AUGAGUACGCGCCGUACGGAGAACGUUAUCUCUCGCGGGCCCCCGGCAUUGAACCCGUCGGCGCGAUCGGCGCGAUCGGCGCGGCGCAUUAAGACCCAAGCUCUGGUGUCAGAAACAAUUUCGCUCAAAAGUUCCACUGUCGCAAAGUUGCUUUGCAAUGCCACAGGUCAUCCAUCCACCGUACCGGACCUCUCCACAGAUUACACAAUCUACCGUCUUGCAAAGAUUGACGAAGCACUUCGACCGGCAAUGACCGCGCCAGCAUCAGCAGAGAACAUGCUAUUAGCAGUCGUUGGAGCUCACCUUUCUGGGUUUCCAUUGAACAGGGAUUUGCUUUCUCGAGGGGCGACUCUCGACCUGGUUACGACGACCGCAAAAUGCUACAAGUUAUACGCGUUGCCGACACAAGGAGCGGUGCCUAAGCCCGGGUUGCAACGGGUCGCCGAGGGUGGAAACUCAAUCGAAGUGGAAGUAUGGAGGAUGCCGUUGAGUCUCAUGGGAAGUUUCCUGAGCACUGUUGCACCGCCCUUGGGAAUUGGCUCCAUCGAGAUGAUCGAUGGGCGAUGGGUGCAUGGAUUUAUCUGCGAGCCCAUCGGCUUUAAGAAUGCGGUAGACAUUACUGCAUUCAAAGGGUGGCGGCCCUAUAUUCAGUCUUUGUCUUCUUCUGGGAGUAACACGUGA